AUGUAUACUCCGCCAGGUGAAGAAGACGUGUGUCCACGCAAGCUACAGGACGGAUCCAAUGUUAUUUUAACCAACUACUUUGUUUACUCGACAAGCUUCGCGUCUGUGCCAUGGCCACCAAGCAAGCACCUAAGGGCGGCGGCGGUGGCGGGGAGCAGAAGAAGGCCGCAGCUGCCCCUCAGGAGGCCAAGGAAAAGGAGCCACCCAAGGAGGCAGUCAAGGAGGAAAAGGCAAACCCCAAGGUUGGGGGCAAAGAUCCCCAAGGAGAACAAGGAGGCUGGCAAGAAGCCUGCCAAGGAGGAGAAGAAGGAGGGUGGACAGGGCGGUGGCGGUCACGAAAGGGGCCGUGGCGGUCGACAGGAAGAGCACGGGCGGGGUCGGGAGCGGGGCCGCCGCAUCAGCCGGGACCGGCCGGACCACCGCGGCCACGACAAGGAGGACCGGGAAGUGUGCCGCAACUUCCUGCACAAUCGAUGUGACCGCGGCUCCCUGUGCAAGUACUACCACCCGCGCUCUGCCAGCCGCCCCCGCCAUGGCUCCGGUGACCCCGACCACCGCCACGGCUCCCCGGCACGCGGCGGCCCCGGUGGUGGUGGCGGUGGUGGUGGCAGUGGCAGCAGUGGCGGUGGCCAGAUCGUCUGCAGGGACUAUAUCCGCAACAUGUGCACGCGAGGGACGGAGUGUCGCUUUUACCACCCGCCCACCGAGACUGCCGGCAAGAAGCGGCAGGGCAGCUGGCUCACCUUCUGCCAUGACUUCCGCAAUGGACACUGCUUGCGUGCUGACUGCAGGUUCUUCCACAUCACAAGGGAGGAUGAGGAGUCUUACCGUGCCACUGGAGAUUCCGCGCAUAUCGUGGACCAGGCGGUGCGCAAGGCAAUGGUGCUGGACGGGGCACUCACUGGCACUCGCCCCACAUGCAAGGAGUUCCUGCGUGGGCUGUGCAACAUGCAGAACUGCCGUUUCCGCCACCUGAGCCAGCGGGAGUAUGAGGAUGAAGUCUUCCACGCACUGCAGGAUGAGUUUGAGAACCUGCUGGGGCCGCCCGACCGCAACCCCAACUCCCCACAGAUAGGCAACCCCUACGUCUCCCUGCCCAACUUCCACGAUGGCCCCAGGAAGUACGGCCCCUCCUCCGGGGACUUCAGGGAGGAAGUCCUGCCGCCGGAGGACAUGCGGGGGCCUAUGAUGCCUCCCUCUGAGUAUGAGUCAGAGCCCAAGCGCCCCAGGUACUUCUCAGGGGAUGCCAUGUUCCCGGGGGAGGGCUACAGGGACGCCGUGGAGGGCCCAAGGAAGUGGGAUGAUCGCAUGGAAUAUGAGCACAUGGAGAGGACAGACCUGAACCCCAGGGAUGCCUUUCCUCUCCAGCCAGAGGUGUAUGCCCUCAGGAACGAGAACGCUGAGAUCAGACGCAACGCAGAGAGGGAGAUCAAUGAGCUGAAGGAGGAGGUGCGGCGCGUGCUGGAGGAGAACGCCGGCCUGCACCAUGAGGUGAACAAGGUGCGGGCCACGGCAACAGAGGAGGCGCUGGUGCAGAAGACCACAGUGGACAAGCUGACGCUGGCCAACAACACGCUGGUGGAGGACCUGCGGAAGGCGGAGGAUGCGGCGCGGCGCAUGGAGCACGACAACCGGGAGAAGCUCAAGGCCAUGGACUCCAAGCAGAAGAGCAACUGUGUGGAGCUGGAGCGCAAGAUUGACGGCCUGCAGAAGGAGAUAGGACAGUUGCGGGACGCCCUGACCAAGGCCAACGCUGCACAGAAGAAGACGGAGGAUGAGAAGGCGCGGCUGCUGAUUGAGUUGGAUGACAUGCGGGUGAAGAUGCACAGCCAGGGCGGCCCACCCUCCAUGAGGAAGGAUGGCCAGCAGCAGCAACAGCAGCAGCAGCAGCAGCAACAGCAUGGCAAUAACGCCAACUACAACAAGAAUGCCUUCCCAGGGAUGCGAUGAAGGAUCGUGGUGACGGCAACUUCCCAGACAUGCUGCACGGGGAAAGGCGGCCGCCAGACAUGCGUGACCAGGACAUGCGGGGGCUGGCCAUGCGUGGGCCAGACCGCUAUUCCCCGGACAACUGGGGCGGCGGCA